AGCUGGAGACGAGGUGGGGCAUUGUGGUGAAGCUGGGAGAAGCUGCUGAUUGCGGGUGGUUUGUGGUGGUGGUGGUGACGAAAACGUCACUAUGAGGAGGAAUGGCGGAACAGCCCUUUUUAUUGUACCUGUUCCUCUUCCUCUCUUCCUCUCUCUCUCUCUUUUCUUUUGUGUCUUUCUCUGCUUUUGUUGCUUUCAAUCUCCUUUUAAGUUCUCAAAGCACCUUCAGCCCUGGCGGUGGUCAAACUCCGCCCCGUUGGACCGGCGAAUAACGAUGCAGAGACCCCCUCCAGAAAUGAUGUACACGGGCGCUGUGCCAAGGAGGGGCGGCGUCUGGGGAAAUCCUGGGCUGAGAUCUGGUGAUGAUUCUCAGCAAAUGGCGCCGGUGGUCGGUGUUAGUCUUGCAGAUGGCAAUUUAGUGGAAGCCACUGGCUGAGGUAUAAGCAGGCAGAGAGAAAUUAAGCCGGUCUGAUGAUCUUAUUCAGCGCUGGCUUCGUAAGCGUGCUGCAGGUCUGCUUAAAAAUUGAAUUUGCGGUUUUGCUGAUGACAAUUGCAGUCCAGUCCCGUCCUUUUUUGCUUUCUGGUCCGUUUCUCCUUCUCUUUGUUUGUUGUUUUGGCUUCGACUGCUGACUGUGCGGUGCGUGCCGUGUAAGUCGGGUAGAGCAAGGUUUCGAUAGUAGCUUUGCGAGUACAGUAAGCUGAUGCUCCAAGUCCAAAUCGUAAUGCCACUGGCAGUUUCAAUGUAUUGGAAUAAACAAAUUU